CACGUGUUCCGGCUGAUGAAACAGUGCAGACCCGCGGAAUAGUUCUAGUUGAGAAUUAGAAGGUGCAGUUUGUUCUGUGACGGAGUUUGCAAAAGGACCCUUUUACAAACGGACCCUGAAUCUUCUCCAUCCCUAAAGAGAAUUUGAAGCUGUAUAAUAACAAUAAUAAUGUACCGAUUCGGGUGUGUCACACGCCGGGGGUUAAUCUCCGGGACUCGGGAGCACUAUGUGAAGUUUACGCGGUGUUCAGUGUGGAUGAACCGCUUCAGCACCGCAGAGUCAGCAGCACUGACGGACACCAAGCAGAGGACAAAGACUCUGAACAUCGGCAACAUGAACACACAGGUCAAGGCUGUGGAGUACGCGGUGAGAGGACCGAUCGUCAUUAAAGCGGCGGAGAUCGAGAGAAUUAUACAGCAGGGAGGGAAGAAACCCUUCACCGAGGUCAUCAAAGCCAACAUCGGAGAUGCCCACGCUAUGGGACAGCAGCCAAUCACGUUCCUCAGACAGGUGGUGGCUCUGUGCAUGUUCCCCGAGCUGAUGGACAGCCCACGUUUCCCCGAAGAUGCAAAGUGGAGAGCAAAGCGCAUCCUGCAGGGCUGUGGGGGACAAAGCAUGGGUGCAUACAGCUCCAGUGAGGGGGUGCAGUGUAUCCGAGAGGACAUCGCAGCCUACUUGGAGCAAAGAGAUCAGGGAGUUCCAGCGCACUGGGACAACAUCUUCCUCAGCACCGGAGCCAGCGACGGCAUCAUGAGCAUUCUGAAACUGCUGGUGUCUGGUGAAGGUUGUAACCGUACCGGGGUGAUGAUCCCCAUCCCUCAGUACCCUCUCUACUCCGCCGCCAUCGCUGAGCUGGGUGCCGUACAGAUCAAUUACUACCUUGAUGAAGACAACUGCUGGGCGCUGGAUGUUAACGAGCUCCACAGAUCGUACAAGGCUGCUAAACAACACUGCCAGCCUCGAGUCCUCUGCAUCAUCAACCCCGGAAACCCCACCGGUCAGGUCCAGAGCAAGAAGUGUAUCGAGGACGUCUUGCACUUCGCUUACGAGGAAAACCUCUUCGUUAUGGCUGACGAGGUUUAUCAGGACAACGUGUACGCUCCUGACUGCAAGUUCCAUUCGUUUAAGAAGGUGCUGUAUGAAAUGGGACCGGAGUAUUUCAACAACUUGGAGCUGGCCUCCUUCCACUCCACCUCCAAAGGUUAUACAGGAGAGUGUGGAUUCAGAGGAGGCUUUAUGGAGAUCAUUAACAUGGACCCGGAGGUCAAGGCCCAGCUGGUGAAGCUGCUCUCGGUCAGACUGUGUCCCCCCGUGACCGGACAGGCCGCCAUGGACGUGAUCGUGAAUCCUCCUCGACCGGACGAGCCGUCCUACACGCAGUUCCACAAGGAAAAAGCAGCCGUGCUCGGAGCUUUGGCAGAUAAAGCAAAAUUAACAGAGCAGCUCCUCAACGCAGUGCCUGGGAUCAAGUGUAAUCCCGUGCAGGGAGCCAUGUACGCGUUCCCUCAGAUUUUCAUCCCUCCGAAGGCAGUGGAAGAAGCUAAGGCUUUGGGAAUGCAGCCGGACAUGCUGUACUGUCUGCGGCUACUCGAGGAAACGGGAAUCUGUGUGGUGCCUGGCAGCGGCUUCGGACAGAGAGAAGGCACAUACCAUUUCAGAAUGACCAUCCUGCCGUCUCACGAAAAGCUGAAGGUCCUCCUGGAGAAGGUGCGAGAUUUCCACAUCGGGUUUCUAAAGGAGUACUCGGACCUUCAGGACUCUCAGUGCAGCGUCCCGGCGUGAGCCGCUGACCACGGGACGUGUCUGAAACCUCACUUAACAUGCUAACUUACAAGCAUGUUAGCGAUACUGUUAAGUGACUUAUGUAUAUAAAAUCCCCAUCUGCUUUAAAAACCCCCUCCAAAAAUUACCAACAAUUCAAAAGUACUGUUUAUUCAUGAACUAUGUGCCUUUGUGCUGCUGUAAAACAAUUAGGAAUGAGACGGAAUAUAGUUUAGUCAUAAAGGAACUAACACUAAAGCAUGAAAUGAUUUAAAAACAAAACAAUUUUUUAUGAAAAUGGUUGCGAAUGAGACAAAGAUGAGCGAUUUCUCUGCAUUUAAAACACAACUCGUCUUUUUUAAAGCGUCACAAAUGACAUUACAAAGUGUAGGUUUGUCAGUAGGAUUUAACGGAUUUAUUUGGACCUCUUUCAUGGUAUACAUACAGCGCCUCUGGAGUUAUGUCCCUUAUAUAAAUAUAAAUAUUGCGUGAGCCUUAAAAUGUAUGGAAUUUAAAACUUGUAGCAAGUAUGCUAGCAGCCUAAGCUAACGUUCGGCUAAUCACCGUGCGAUUAAAGUCACCGGCUGCAAGUAAGCUCUCUAACAUUUGGUUUGUUCUUAAAACAAACAUCGAAGGUAAAUAUUAUGUUGCGCAAUCCAGCUAACUAUCACUUAAUUCCAACCCCUUAGUAUUUUUUAGAUUACUAGCGAACGAUGCUAUCGUAACCAGAAGCCGGUAAAUUGUACGCAACAGUAGAAUUAAAAGAAAGUUUUAUUCUUUCCUUGUAUUCAGAGUCGUAUUGUAAAUAACCUCCGCUUUAUUUGUACGAACGAGGGAUGUGAAGAGACGAGCUCUAGAAUGAUAAACACUCCAUGCAGGGAAACUGCUGUAUGCAGCAUUAAAAGUAACGCACACUGGGACAGAAUCGGUGCCAUGUCAUAAACGCACAUUUCGUUGUUGUUAUUAUUAUUAUUUUGGUUUUUUUCUUCGGGUACGUAACAUUGUGAACACGUUUAGAAGUUAAAAUAGCGAAGGAGAUCGUCUCUGUCGGGCGUCUCCGGCGUCUGCACCUUAUUUUUGUUCCUGUUUUUAAAAAGAACAUACAAAUUUGAAUUCCUUACAGCUGACGAUUAGAUUUUUGUACAUCGGAUCUAGAGAUUUGUGUUUACAGAAUGAUCAUUAAUAUGGUGGGUGUUUUUGUUUGUUUCGUCUUUUUUUAAUAAGCUUCUUGCUAAAGCGGUUUUCUUCGUUCUGCUUAUGAUUGUUGAUCAUGUAUUAAAGUACGACGGGAUUUUAACCUCGUGUACGCAGUAAGCACCUUGAAAGCACGGCUGAAAUGAAGGACAAGACGUUUUCCUUUCCUUGUGAGGAAAAAAAAACGAAGCCCAGAGACGAAGCAGGUUCAUGCAGCGUCCUUCCAAAACACCACGUAAUUGAAAUGUCCACGAUCUGGAUUUCUAUUUUACUGUUAAUCUGCACAAGCUUAGUCUCUUAAGAUUGGACUACUGCCUUAUCAUCACUUCAGUGACUUUGCCUUUUAUUUGUAGAUGUAUGUGUCAUGAAUUUCGAAUGAAAAUUUCAUUUGUUUGAAUUUUGCAUGAAGGUGAAUCCACUUUUUUUUUCUGUCAGUCUUUUGCACUCAUUUUGCAUUUCUUCAUUGUUUCGUUCGACUAAUUUUACGUAAGUAGUAAUGGAACUAAAUGCCAAAUUAAAGCUGUCGUUAAAAUAAAGACUGUUACAUUACA